GCGACCUUUGCGGGCCCGCCGGCGGGUGCGGGCGGCUAUCGUCUGCGUGGGGCGGGGGGCGCGGCGGGCCGCGGCCGCGGGGCGGGCUCCCCCGAGCCUCCUCGUCUCCCGAUCAAAGCAUUCCGCUAUUCUGAUUUAUUGCCUGCUCGGCGAGUUAUUUCUCUGCCUCCGAAGGAGACCUGUGUGUGCAGCCAUUACUUUGCUCGGCGCCGCUCGCAGGCGUCUCGGCCCUCGGUGCGGCGGGCAGCCCCGCACUUGGGCUCGCGCCCCGCGCCCUCGCCGCGGCUCCCUCCCCUCUCCCCGCCCCUUCCCCUUCUUUCUCCGCGCCUUCCUCCUUCCCUCGCCGCCGGCGCUCGGCCGCCGCCGCCCCCGCGCCCUGCUCGGGGCGGAGGGACGCCGUGCAGCUGGAGGGAGGGCUCCGUGUCAAUUUUUUUGUGCGGCCGCGGCCGGAGCCUGUGGCGCGCGGGCGGCGAGCGCGGGGACCCCGGCGUGGCAGAGCCAUGGAUGGCCCGGCUCGGGGCCAUGGACUCCGCAAAAAGCGGCGGUCGCGGUCGCAGCGAGACCGGGAGAGGCGCUCCCGGGGCGGUCUGGGGGCCGGCGCGGCGGGCGGCGGCGGGGCCGGCCGGACCCGGGCGCCCUCGCUCGCCUCGUCGUCGGGCUCCGACAAGGAAGACAAUGGGAAGCCCCCGUCCUCCGCCCCGUCCCGGCCCAGACCCCCGCGGAGGAAGCGGCGCGAGUCCACCUCGGCCGAAGAGGACAUCAUCGAUGGGUUUGCCAUGACCAGCUUUGUCACUUUUGAAGCGCUGGAGAAAGAUGUAGCACUUAAGCCUCAGGAACGUGUGGAGAAACGCCAGACUCCCUUGACCAAGAAGAAACGAGAAGCACUUACCAAUGGUUUAUCUUUUCAUUCAAAGAAGAGCAGACUCAGCCACCCACACCACUACAGCUCAGACCGAGAAAAUGACCGUAAUCUCUGCCAGCACCUUGGGAAGAGAAAGAAAAUGCCGAAGGGACUCAGACAGCUCAAGCCAGGGCAGAACAGCUGCAGGGACAGUGACAGUGAGAGUGCCAGUGGAGAAUCCAAGGGCUUCCACCGGAGCAGCUCCCGGGAAAGGCUCAGUGAUAGUUCAGCUCCUUCCAGCUUGGGAACAGGCUACUUCUGUGACAGUGACAGUGACCAGGAAGAGAAGGCUUCAGAUGCCAGCUCUGAAAAGCUCUUCAACACUGUAAUUGUGAACAAAGAUUCGGAGUUAGGUGUUGGCGCACUGCCCGAACAUGACAGCCAGGAUGCAGGGCCGAUUGUCCCCAAGAUAUCAGGUCUAGAGAGAAGCCAGGAGAAGAGCCAAGACUGUUGCAAAGAGCCCGCCUUUGAGCCUGUGGUGCUUAAGGACCCCUGCCCUCAGGUCCCACAGCCGCUGCCCCAGCCCCAGGCGGAGCCCCAGCUCCGAGCCCCUUCUCCGGACCCUGACUUGGUGCCACACACAGAGGCCCCACCAACGGCCCCUCCUCCAAGUACGCAGCCCCCGCAGGGCCCCCCGGAGGCCCCACUGCAGCCCGCCCCACAGCCUCAGGUGCAGCGGCCACCCAGGCCACCGUCCCCCACCCAGCUGCUCCACCAGCACCUUCCUGCUGUGCAGGCCCACCCCUCGUCCCAGGGCCUGCCCCAGCCCCUGUCAGCCUACAGCAGCAGCCUGAGCCUCAACAGUUUAAGCAGCAGCAGGAGCAGCACUCCGGCCAAGACUCAGCCCGCCGCCCCGCACCUCUCCCACCACCCCUCGGCCUCCCCGUUCCCCCUCUCCCUGCCCAGCCACAGCCCCCUGCACAGCUUCACCCCCGCCCUCCAGGCCCCCGCUCACGCGCAUCACCCCAAUAUGUUUGCCCCGCCCACUGCUUUGCCUCCGCCACCACCGCUGACGUCAGGGAGUCUGCAGGUCCCCGGACACCCUGCCGGGAGCACUUACUCAGAGCAAGACAUCUUGCGGCAGGAACUGAACACGCGUUUUCUGGCCUCUCAGAGCGCGGACCGCGGGGCCUCCCUGGGCCCCCCGCCCUACCUGCGGACCGAGUUCCACCAGCACCAGCACCAGCACCAGCACACGCACCAGCACACACACCAGCACACCUUCACACCCUUCCCCCACGCCAUCCCGCCCACCGCCAUCAUGCCGACGCCAGCACCUCCCAUGGUGCGUACCCCAGGCAGAAAUUUUGACAAAUACCCUACAAAAGUUGACCCCUUCUACCGGCACAGUCUCUUCCACUCCUACCCUCCUGCAGUGUCGGGCAUCCCCCCCAUGAUCCCACCCACGGGCCCUUUUGGUUCACUACAAGGAGCAUUUCAGCCCAAGACAUCCAACCCUAUCGAUGUUGCUGCUCGGCCCGGGACAGUCCCACACACUUUACUUCAGAAGGACCCACGGUUGACAGAUCCUUUCAGACCUAUGUUAAGGAAACCAGGGAAGUGGUGUGCUAUGCAUGUUCACAUCGCCUGGCAGAUUUACCACCACCAACAGAAAGUCAAGAAGCAGAUGCAGUCAGACCCACACAAGCUGGACUUCGGACUGAAGCCUGAGUUCCUAAGCCGCCCACCAGGCCCCAGUCUCUUUGGAGCCAUCCACCACCCCCAUGACCUGGCUCGACCUUCAACUUUGUUCUCUGCCUCUGGUGCUGCACACCCCACCGGGACCCCUUUUGGGCCACCUCCUCAUCACAGCAACUUCCUCAACCCUGCUGCUCACCUGGAGCCUUUCAAUCGGCCGUCCACCUUCACAGGCCUAGCAGCGGUUGGUGGCAAUGCCUUCGGGGGACUUGGAAACCCGUCAGUUACACCCAACUCAGUGUUCGGCCACAAGGAUGGCCCCAGUGUGCAGAGCUUUAGCCACCCUCACGAGCCCUGGAACCGGCUGCACCGGACGCCUCCGUCGUUCCCGACCCCUCCGCCCUGGUUGAAGCCAGGGGAGCUGGAGCGCAGCGCGUCCGCUGCAGCUCAUGACAGAGAUAGAGAUGUAGAUAAACGGGACUCAUCUGUUAGUAAAGAUGACAAAGAAAGAGAAAGUGUGGAGAAGAGACACUCCAGCCACCCCUCACCAGCACCUAUCCUCCCGGCCAACGCCCUGGGACACAGCCGCAGCGCCACCGAGCAGAUCAGGGGUCAUUUGAACACAGAGGCUCGCGAGAAGGACAAACCCAAAGAGAGGGAGAGAGACCACCCGGAGUCGCGGAAAGACCUGGCGGCAGAAGAGCACAAGGCCAAGGAGGGCCCGGCGCCGGAGAAGGACGGGCACGGCCACGAGGCCCGUGCCGCGGGCGAGGAGGCCAAGCAGCUGGCGCGCGCGCCGUCGCCCUACGUGCGGAACCCCGCGCUAGACAGUGCCCGGCCGGGCAGCACCUCGGGCCGCGAGGCCGAGCCGCGCAAGGGCGAACCUGCCUAUGAGAACCCACGGAAGAGUGCCGAGGUCAAGGUCAAGGAGGAGCGCAGGGAGGAGCACGAACUGCAUGCGGAGCCCGCGCAGCAACCGCGCGCUGCGGAGCCGCCGGGCGCAGCCUCGGGUACCCACGCAGGCCCGCUGGCCUCGGUGCCCAUGGCGGUGGGCGUGGCGGGCCUGCACCCCAUGGGCGGCAUCGGCAGCCUGGACCGGACCCGCAUGAUGACCCCCUUCAUGGGCCUCAGCCCACUCCCGGGCGGGGAGCGCUUCCCCUACCCGUCCUUCCACUGGGACCCCAUGCGGGACCCGCUGAGGGACCCUUACCGCGAGCUUGACGUGCACCGCAGGGACCCGCUGGCCAGGGACUUCCUGCUGCGCGGCGACCCACUGCACCGACUGUCGGCCCCUCGGCUGUACGAGGCGGACAGAUCCUUCCGGGACCGCGAGCCGCACGACUACAGCCACCACCAUCACCACCACCCGCCGCUGGCUGUGGACCCACGGCGGGAGCACGAGCGGGCCAGCCACCUGGACGAGCGUGAGCGCCUGCACGUGCUGCGCGAGGACUACGAGCACCCGCGGCUGCAUGCUGUGCACCCUGCCUCCCUGGACGGCCACCUGCCGCACCCCAGCCUCCUCACGCCGGGCCUCCCCAGCAUGCACUACCCGCGCAUCAGCCCCACGGCGGGCCACCAGAAUGGACUGCUCAACAAGACGCCCCCCACAGCGGCGCUGAGUGCGCCGCCCCCGCUCAUCUCUACCAUAGGGGGCCGCCCGGUGUCCCCGCGCAGGACUACACCUCUGUCCACGGAGAUCAGGGAGCGGCCGCCCUCCCACACUCUGAAGGACAUCGAGGCGCGGUAAGGGGACGAGCGGAGGGAGCCCCGAGAGCAGGGAGGACUCCUGCACCCCGCGCAGACGCGGUGGCCAGCCCCACCGCUCCCCUUGUAAAACAUGUACAGACUCCGUGCAGAUUUAGAAAUGUUUUUGUAUAUUCUAUGUUGGAAUUUUUCAGAUCCUUUAGCUAAGUCAUAUGUUUUCAUGUCUCCUACUCUUUGUUCCUUGUAUGAAACUUCUUGAUUUCAGCCAAAACAGUAAAGAUGACAACACACACCAAUUUGAGGAGGACGGGGGAGCCCACACCAUCCAUCACGCAGAGCUCUUUCAGAUGGGAAGGGAAGGCCGUGUACAUAGUCCUGUAAAGAGAUUGCUUCAUGAGCUGGUGGUUCAUAUAUGCAAAGGGUGAGACGAAAGCUUUACUUUGUACAAAUGUAAAUAGAUAAAGAUUAAGUAACAUAAUACAUUACUACUUCUUGAAAUGUGCUAUUUGCAAACCUAAUGUCAGUGAGCACGGCCUGCUAAGGCUGUGUUCCCCGUAUUGUUAGAGACAGCUAAACCCUUCAACUAUGCAAUGAACGUUAGGGCUUCUCACAAAAGCCCGCCUAACUCAAAGGAGCCUUUUCAAAUCCAUUUACAACAUACUUAAGGUCAUAUUUUCCCUGAACAAGCGCUUACGUGAUAUGACUCUGUUUUCCUUGCUUGUUUUUUUUUUUUUAUCAAAUGGAGAAACAUCCUAUUUUGCAGAGGGGACCCCAGGCUGGAACUUUGCAUCUGAAGUUGCUGCUUGUGGGCUUCAGGGGCAGGUGCGCCCCAGGAAGGGCAAACCAGUGCCAGGGAGGGUGGGAUUGGUCAGAUGCCAAAAUCAGGGGCCGGCAGCAGUGUCUGGCAGACAGAGCAGGCCGCCAGAAUCGGUCACCGCCAGUCACGCGACCUCACACGCCUCUGGUGGGAACCAUGCCUUUUUUUAAGUGUGUCCUAUUUCAUAGGUAUACACACUUCCUCAUUUUGCAGUGCGAUUUAAUUACACCCAAACAGAUCCUGAAAGAAAGCUUCGCGUUUUCUGAGAUGAUGGAUAUGUUUUCACUGUAUUCAGAAACGGCUGAGUGUGAGGCGGGUUCCCAGCGCGACGCACUGUACUCUAGUCAGUAAUAAGGUCUGGGCGUAGCCGGGACAGGUCGACCUCGCAGAGCCAUCGAGAUUCACAGAGGUGACAGGUGGCAGAGGAGAAGUCGUGUGUGUGCGCGUGUGUUUUUGAGUUUGCAUCAAUUUUAAUGUCUCUUCAUGAUACUUUUAUAAUACAUUAAACUUCUUGUCUACAUAUUUGGAGAGAAUAUGACUUUACUAGCAGAGAAAUACAAUAUAUCUUGUCUACUGGACUGUAAAAUACAUGUAUGAAAUAAAAUUAGUUCCAUUUGGUCUUCUAGUAUAUUAAAGUGCUAUCUGACGUUGUUAUCCUGUUUUUGCAAAAAAAAAAAAAAGUUAACUACAGACCAUUGUUUCUAAUAAGCAGAGAGAUCUAUUUUAGUAGUAAACUGAAGGUUUAGUUGUGAGCUUCAGAUUUUGUGAACACCAGAUGUUGUGCAGUGUUUUGUUUUGUUUUUUGGGGUUUUUUUUUUUGUUUUUUGGGUUUUUUUUUUUUUUCGGUUUUGUUUCUUUUCUUUUUUUUUUAAAAGACAACAACUUUAAAAAUCCAAGGAAUAUGUACACUGGAACUGUAGUGGUAGCUUUCAGUAUUGUAAAGAGAUUGUUCUAUACAGACCUUUUGCUGUUUAUCCUGUAUGUAACAAAGUCCUUUCUAGACCCUGUGUGAAAAGCAAAGUGAAGCAACUGAAUCUUCAGCAUGUUCUCAUCGGCGGAGCCUCUUGUGUAAUGUAAACUGUGCCAUGUUAUUAAAAAAUGUGAACCAAGCUUCCAGCUGCUUGUUUGUGUGCAGUGGCCAUCGGUUCUUAGGGAAGAAGCCACACUUGCGCAAGACCAGGCUCUCGGACAGAAGCACCUCGAACCGGAGCCCAAACCCGGCCCGCGCGAGACCAGGAGGUUCUCCUGCGGUGGCUGGCGCCCUCCCCGGCUCAGUUAGCCUCCCACCAGUUAGUGUCUGUAGCCAUCUGCGCCCUCCCCCCUCACAUGGGUUAUGGAUUUUUUUUUUCAUUUGUGUGUUUUAAACAAAAAUGCUGUAAAACUCACAGGAAGGGACUUCUGGAUGUUGGCGAGGACGUGUGUGGCCCAGGUAGCCAGUGCUGUGUGUCCCGACCCUACUUCCACACUCAGAGCAGAAGCCUGUGCUUGUGGCCAUCGGCGAGGAGCCUGGGGGGCCGUGAGGACAGUGCCCUCUGCUCGUUCCUCUGACCUCACCUGGACUCGUCGUGUGCUGCUCCCCGGCAUUUCCCCUGUGUCUCGUUGACGUCAUGGUGUACCCCUCCUUGGUCUGCAGACUCCUCUGUCCUCUAAACCUGUUUUGUUUUUUCACGAUGUAAAAAGUUGUUAAAUUUUCUCGUAUCAACCUGA